AUGCCCACCCCCGUGCCUCCCUGCUCCACAGGCCUGUCUGCCGCCGAGCUGCACGCCACCCGCAGCUUCCAGCACCCCUCCCCCAUCCAGGCACAGUGCCUGCCGCUGGCGCUCAGCGGCCGUGACUUGGUCGGCAUCGCGGCCACAGGGUCUGGCAAGACGCUGGCCUUUGGGCUGCCCGCGCUGCGCCACAUCCGCGCGCAGAGCGAGGCGGGCGUCGCCACGGGCAAGAAGCCUGUGGCACUGGUGAUUGCCCCCACCCGGGAGCUGGCCCUACAGAUCUGCGCGGUGCUGGAGGAGGCGGGCAGCCAGUGCGGCAUCAGCACGGUGUGCGUGUAUGGCGGCGUUCCCAAGCGGGAGCAGGUGGCUGCGCUGCGCAAGGGCGCCGCCAUCGUGGUGGCCACGCCGGGGCGCCUGGAGGACCUGCUGGAGGAUGGGGCCUGCAGGCUGGACGAGGUGUCCUACCUGGUGCUGGACGAGGCAGACCGCAUGCUGGACCUGGGCUUUGAGCCGCACAUACGCGCCAUUGCCGGCAAGACGCGCGCCGACCGCCAGACACUCAUGUUCUCGGCCACCUGGCCGCCCGCCAUCCGCAAGCUGGCCUCUGAGUUCCUCUGCCACCCCGUGAGGGUCACCAUCGGCUCCCAGGACCUGGCCGCCUCCCACUCAGUCACCCAGGUGAUUGAGGUGAUUGAGGACCGGGCGCGGGACGGGCGGCUGCACGAGCUGCUGCAGCGGUACCACGCGUCCCGCUCCAAUCGCGUCAUCAUCUUCGUGCUGUACAAGAAGGAGGCGGUACGGGUGGAGCAGCUGCUGCAGCGCAAGGGCUGGAAGGCGGCCGCGAUCCACGGCGACAUCUCCCAGGUGCAGCGCAGCUCGGCGGUGGAGCAGUUCAAGAGCGGCGCAGUGCCGCUGCUGGUGGCCACAGACGUGGCAGCGCGCGGGCUGGACAUACCCGACGUCGAGGCAGUACUCAACUACUCCUUCCCACUCACAACAGAGGACUACGUGCACCGCAUCGGGCGCACGGGGCGCGCCGGCAAGACGGGCAAGGCCCACACUUUCUUUGUGGGCAACAACGACAAGCCGCGGGCGGGCGAGCUCAUCAAUGUGCUGCGGGAGGCCAAGCAGACGGUACCAGAGGAACUCCUGAAGUUUGGCACUACGGUCAAGAAGAAGGAGAGCAAGCUGUACGGCGCGCACUUCAAGGAUGUGGACCACUCGCAGAAAGCCACAAAGAUCAGCUUCGACAGCGACGACGAGUGA